GUAGAAUCCUAACCUCUGAAGAAUAUUGAUAUAUAUAUUGAUAUCAAUAUUAUCAAUAACAUCUAUAAAUUAUAGGAUUUGUAGGAAUACAAGAUAAAGUGAUUAAAAUUUAUAAAUGAAAAAUAGUUAAUCAGCUGUAUUCUAUAUUUAUGUAUAUUGAACAAUAAAUUUUCUGAAUCCGUUCUCACAUCAGAUUUAAGAACGAUAAAAUGAAACGAUUCAUUGAUAUUGCUGCAAACUUAACUGAUUCCAUGUUCUCAGGAAUAUACAAUGGUAGCCUCAAACACCAAGCUGAUAUUGAACAUGUUUUGAAUCGAAGUUGGGAAGUGGGAAUGUCCAAAAUUAUCAUUACUGGAGGAAAUCUAACAGAAAGUAAAAAAGCUGUUGAGUUAGCCAAAUUGGAUAAUAGGUUAUUUUGCACUGUAGGCUGCCAUCCCACAAGAUGUUCGGAAUUUGAUGAAGAUAAAAAUCCGUCUAAUUAUCUCAACAGUUUGAGUGAAUUGAUUGAAAAUAAUAGGAAUAAGGUAGUUGCUUUGGGAGAGUUCGGUUUGGAUUACGAUAGAGUACAAUUUUGCCCUAAGGAAACUCAACAAAAAUAUUUUAAACUACAGCUGACUCUUACAGAACAAUUUGAUUUGCCAUUAUUUUUGCAUUGUCGAAAUGCUGCUGAUGAUGUCUAUGAGAUCUUGAAAGAUUUCAAAUGUUCUGGAGUGAUACACUCAUUUGAUGGAACUCUUGAAGAAGCUAAUAAGUUUAUAGAUUUAGGAUAUUUUAUUGGUUUGAAUGGAUGUUCUCUAAAAACUGAAGAAAAUUUGAGUGUUGUUGCUGAAUUGCCAGUGGAUAAAAUUCUUAUCGAAACUGAUUGUCCAUAUUGUGAUAUUCGUCCAACUCAUGCAGGAUAUCAAUUUAUUUCUAAAGAUAACAUUAUGCCUAGUGUAAAAAAAGAAAAAUGGAACUCAAAUAGUUUAGUGAAGUCUAGAAAUGAACCUUGUAAUAUUACUCAUGUUCUUGAUGUCAUUGCAUCUGUGAAAAAGGUUGACUCUUUAGAGUUAUGUGAACAGAUAUUUGAAAAUACAAAUAAAUUAUUCUUUAAAACUUAUUUUGUGAAAUCUAGUUUCUCUUAAGUUGAAGUGCCUAAU